CCCUGCUCGCGCAGCAGGAUCCGCAGCAGCAGGCCGGAGUAAGAGCCCCAAUUAGGGGGGUUUGCCCGGUCAUGAAGCUCGCGGUCUUGGCGGUGCUCACCGCCCACCGCUCGCCAGCUGGCAGCGUCCGCUCUAUCGGCCGUGCGUCGCCGGCGGCGGGGCGUCUUCGCACCUUUCCGCCACGCGCAUGCAGCGGAUCUCAAUCAUACUACAGCCCGAAGCGGGUGCAGGGCGAGGUCGUAUGGAACGUGCCGCCCCCACCGCCGCCGCCCGUGCAGAACGCCCUCUCCGAGGACGCCGUCCAGCGCAUCCUCGAGCUCGUGUGGCGCGACUCGCGCAUGGUGCUGCGCACAGCUCUGAUGCGGCCACUUCCAGUGGUGAUGGAGUUAGCGCAGGACCGGCUGCCUCUCGCUCGCUGGUACGCGACGUACAAGGCAGACCAGGCCGCCCUUUGGCUCAACGAGCAGCUCGCUGUCUCGCGGCCCUUUGCAGCAAUGGCGCCCGCUGCCGCAGCCGCCGCGCCGAGGGAAGUGGUCAGGCUGGAGCGGCGGCUGGAGGUGUCACGCUCCACACUUUGGCCAACGCUGCGCGCGCUGCUGCUACGGCCGUCCACGCACCAGCGCAUGGUGCGAGCUGCCCGGGAGCAGGUCGCCCAGUUCAAGGCGGCCGAGUCAUCGCUCUCGCGUCUGCUCCGAACGCCACGCCGCGUCAUGCUGCUGACCGCAGGCCUGCUCCGCUCACUCUCCUACACCCUCAAGUGGGUCGUCAUCGAGCUCGUGCGGCGAGCGCCGCCCGGCAGCGGCACCGUUGGCGCGCGAGUGGCAAGUUGGCGCAACCGCCUGAUCGAGCGCGGCAUCCGGUACGGCCUCGAGCUCCAGCGUCGCGUGGAGCAGAUCGAGGACGCACGAAGGUGGAGGCCGCCGCCGCGGUCGCUUGCGGUCCCUGCGCCCGCCGCGCCGCCCCUCUCGGCGACCGGCAUUGCAUCUGCCGCGGCACUCGAGGGGACCGUGUUGCUCCCGCCAGCGGCGGGCGGCUCGCGGCCCAGCGGCCAGGGUGCGCGCACGAGACGACGGUUCUUCGGCUGGUAGCGGGGGCGAACGGGAGAUGCGCGAGGACGUGGAAAAGGUUGGUCCUCUUAUCGUUGUUUCCCCUCCCUCUGCUCUCUCUCUCUCUCUCUCUCUCUCUCUCUCUCUCUCUCUCUCUCUGCCGUCUGAUGUGAGAGAGUCCUACACCUCUCUCUGAGAGCUCUGCGACUGUGUACCAUUUUUUUCUUGUCCUUAGGAUUAUAGGAAACGGGG